AGAAACAAAGAAAUCUAGUGAGAUAAAUGUUUUCUUUACUUUUCAAUUUUACAACAAAUUUUUAAGAAGCAAAAACCUGAAACAAAUACGGGUGGAGAAUUUAAUGAAUCAAAUCCCUGUGGAAAUAUUAUUUCGAAUUUACCGCCAACUUGAUAUUAAAGAUUUAGAGAAUUGUUCAAUUGUAUGCAAACAUUGGAACACUUUAAUCAAUGAUUUAUGCUUAUGGACACCAAAAUGUUGUGAAAAAUUGUGCGAAUACAAAUGGAUUGAUAGAGAAUUACUUAUACUCAUCAAAUUAUGUGGAAUACACCAGCAUGCUUCUACACAUCAACAGUUGAACAGACGAUUACAACAUGAUUACCAAAUGCUUCCAAAGUCUGGCUACUAUAUGCGUAAAUUAUUCUAUCGUUUACAUGCAUUAUCAAAUGUGAAUUUCAGCAGUCAGAAGGAUGCCGACUGUCCACCUUCUGAUGUAGAAAAUAUUGUCUAUUACAAAUGCCUGAUGAUUGGUCCAGCUAUGGAUUCUUCCCGCAUAAAUCAAUGCCUUAUAAAGCAUAUGAUAAAAGCAUCAGUAUGGGAUCAAUUACCCGAUGAUUUUAUUAUUCCUGAUCCAUAUUUAGGCGGGGAAACAAAACUGAUCGGUAAAAAUAUUAUGAUAGAAACACCCAGAUUAAAUGCCUCAGUCGUUCAUAACACAUUAGUUAAACUGACUUGUAUUAUAUCACAGACUGGUGAACCACUGGGUAACAGAAAUCGAUUAUCUGGGAUGUAUUUGCUGAGUAAUGAAAACCAAGGGGAUGGAACAAUUCGACCUAUGCCUUUAAUACCUGAGAUAGGUAAUUUGAUCAGGGAAUAUCAUGUCAUCAUCUAUGCGCUGGAUAUACGUGAAUCUAGUGUUGAUGACUUAAAUUGGGAUCAGAUCAGUUUAGAGAUAAGCGCGAUACUGAAUAUAUUAGGUGUGGAUCAAAGUUUAUUGAUUGUCGGUGUUGGUGAUAAAUAUGGCAAGGAGGCAUGUUUAAGUCUUAUACAACUUAUAGAUAACUUACAAAGUACUAUUCUACAUGAAUCUGCAUUAGAUGUUUUAGAAAAUCAAUUGACAGGUAAGAAUUCAUCUGUCCAAUGGAGAGUAUGGCUGACAACAUCAAAUGGUGAAGACUACGACAAUAUAACACAAAUGAUUAAUUGGGGAUUGUAUAGAAAUCAACAAAUUAGAUGAUGAGUUGUACUCAAUUGGAAAUAUUACAGAUCUUCAUUAUAACACCCUCAUUAAAUCCUAUUUACUAUUUUUGUUAGUCAAAUUUUUUAUUUUAUCUAAAUAAUUUCUACAACUUUUUUUCUCUGUGUCUUUCUAAGAUUGAUUUAUUGAAAAAAUUCGAA